AUGACGGCAGAUGAAGCCCAGACAGUCCAGAGCACGAUAAGAAUGAUGUCGUUUUUCAAGAGGAAGAUAUACUGCUGUUAUUUUAUCCUUAUAUGGAAUACAAUCGAGGCGCAUGUCCGUUAUGUCAUCCCGGAGGAGCUGAGAGGAGGAUCGGUGGUUGGAAAUAUCGCAAAGGACCUCGGUUUGGAUUUAUCUGAGGUUGCAGAUCGUAAAUUGCGAAUCGCCUCCGAGUCGGGUAAGCAGUACAUCAAUGUGGCCGCGGAGAGCGGAGAGCUUAUUGUCAAUGAAAGAAUUGAUAGAGAGAGCCUCUGUGGGCUCACAGUGCCUUGUUUACUGCCUCUGGAAGCAGUCGUAGAAAAUCCCCUACAGUUACAUCGCGUGGAAAUUGAAAUACAAGACAUUAAUGACAACACUCCGAGCUUUAAUUCUAAACAGCGCGUUUUAAAUAUUCCUGAGUCUAUAAAUCCUGGCGCAAAAUUUCUCCUCGAGAGCGCGGAUGAUCCUGACGUCGGGUCAAAUUCUUUGCAGUCUUAUACUCUGGGAAGUAAUAAAUAUUUUGUCUUAAAUGUAAAAACUCAAGAUGGAAUAAAAAUCCCGGAGUUAGUCCUGGACAAACCGCUCGAUCGAGAAAAGCAGGCGGUUCAGAAGCUCGUACUGACGGCGGUAGACGGCGGAAAACCGGUGCGAUCUGGCACUUGUGAAGUCACAGUCAUAGUCCUUGAUAAUAACGACAACGCGCCGCAGUUUGAGAAAUCUUUUUAUGAAGCAAACAUCGCUGAAAAUGAGCCCAUAGGAAAUGAAAUAAUUAAAGUCAGCGCUGUGGAUUUAGACGAGGGAGCAAAUGGAGAAAUCGAGUAUGUUUUUGCAGACAAAACCUCUGACACAAUAAAGGCAGUUUUUGAUAUUAACCCGACUACAGGUGUGAUUAGCGUGAAAGGGAAAAUAGAUUUUGAGCAAGCAAAUUUCUACAAAUUCGAUCUAAUGGCCAAAGACAAAGGAAACCCGCAGAUGGAAGGGCACUGUAGUGUAAAAAUAAAGAUCAGUGACAUUAAUGACAACGCUCCAGAAAUAGUCAUUACGUCUCUCUCCAGCCCAGUACCAGAAAAUUCCCCGAAUGGCACCGUCAUUGCGCUAAUUAGCACGAAAGAUGCAGAUUCCGGUGAAAAUGGAAAAGUGACUCUCACCGUGGCAUCGGCCUCACCAUUUAGACUGAACCCUUCUCUAUCUAAUCGUUACGCACUGGUUACAAACGGUCCACUAGAUCGUGAGAAAUAUCCUGAAUACGAGAUCAAAUUAAAUGCAGUUGAUUCCGGGUUGCCAGCUCUGCAUGCAGAAAAAAAUGUAAAAAUUAGUAUCUCUGAUGUCAACGAUAAUCCUCCCAUUUUCUCUCAAAAGUCGUAUACAGUUUACACAAGAGAAAAUACUGCUCAUGGGUCAAUACUGUGCUCUGUAUCAGCACAUGACCCGGAUCUUGACCAUAAUGCUAAAAUCUCCUACUCCAUUUUGGACUCUAAAAUUCAAGAUGUUUCCGUUUCAUCAUACAUCUACAUCAACUCAGAUAAUGGCAGCAUUUACACCAUGCACUCAUUUGACUAUGAGAAGACAAAAGUGUUUCAGAUCCAAGUCCAAGCCAAAGAUCAUGGCUCUCCGUCUCUGAGCAGCAACACCACGGUUCAUGUUUUUAUUGUGGACCAGAAUGACAACACCCCCGCUGUCAUUUACCCCUCCGCACUCCUGGGCUCUGUGUCCCAUCAGAGGAUGCCCCGCUCCGCUAAAGCAGGACACCUGGUUACUAAAGUCACAGCAGUGGAUGCUGACUCGGGCCAUAAUGCCUGGAUUUCCUAUCGGCUCUUGGAGGCCACGGACGCAUCUCUCUUCACUGUCACUUUACACACAGGAGAGGUGAGGACUAAGCGCUCUGUUUCAGAGCAGGAUGACUCCUCUCAGAGACUGCUCAUAGAGAUCAAGGACAACGGAGAACUGGUGCAGUCCACCACAGUCACUGUGGAUAUACUGAUAGAGGACGGCUUUCAUGAACCCAUCUCAGACUUUAGGCACAAAAACACAGAACCUGAUCAGAAAAGCAGCAGAAUCACAUUAUAUCUCAUCGUUUCUCUUGCCUCCGUCUCAUUGCUGUGUUUGAUGACAUUUUUGAUCUUAUUGGUAAAAUGUGCUCGAAGCAGUAGAGGCAGCUCGAGUUGCUGUAUCAGACGGAGUGAUUGUGAAUCUAAAAACCCCAACAGAAACCUGCAGAUCCAACUCAACACUGAUGGACCCAUUAAAUAUGUGGAGGUGCUGGGAGGAGACAUGAUGUCUCAGAGUCAGUCGUUCGGAUCUUAUCUGUCUCCAAUGUCCGAAUUCAGUGAUUUCACCCUCAUUAAGCCCAGCAGCACCACAGACUUUACAAACACUCUCAGUGUGCUUGAUGCGUCACUACCAGAUAGCACGUGGACGUUUGAGAGUCAGCAGGUGAGCAGUGAUUUUUAUUCAUUUUUACUUGAUGAACGUUUUUGCUAG